UUCUCGGUGUUAUUUCCAUGAAAACUACACACGCCCAACGACUUCCUCCAUUGUCCUUCUUUCCGGGAUACUCUACGAGGAAGGAUGGCUCAGAAUAAUUAUUUCGGGUUUACACACGGUGGAACACAAUAUGGUGCAACUAGCGCUGCCGCUUAUCAAACCGGACAGGCGGGAUACGCGGUAACACCAGCAGCCACAGCAGCUACAUACACUCAACGACCCGCCGCAGCGGCUGCAACGGGAUACGAAACUUAUCAAGCAGCUGCAGCAGCGGCCGCAACCGGCACGACUUACGCUGCAAACGCGGGAACGGUAGCGCAGACCUACGACUACGGGUACGGGCGUGCAGCACCAGCAGCUACAUACGACGCGACGAAAACCUACUACCAACAGCCUGCAGCUGCACCUGCGACUUACACUACAACCGAGACUCAUUACCAAGCUGCAAAGCCGGCUUACAGUACCACCAGUGCCUACACAGGCACAGCACGUCAAGCCACCACCACAGGGCAAGCCAAAACCUAUCAGGCAUCCAGCACUGCCUACCAACAGCCGAAUCCCACACAAAACGCAACGUAUUCCACUGGAUACACCGCACCUGCUACGCCAGCUGCCACAGCAUCCACUGCAACUAACAAAACGGCGAGUACAACGUAUUCCGGCUACGACGCGGCGCUUUAUAGCGCCGCGACCAUGUACGUAGCCCAACAGAGCGCAAACAGCAACACAACUAACCAAAAGUCUGGAGGUUGGCAGGGUUAUGGCAGGAAGGGAUUUGGCGCCGGAGGCGGAGCGAUGAAAUCGAUGCGUCCCAAGCAAACCCCCAAGCCUCAGCAGCUCCACUACUGCGAUGUCUGCAAGAUUAGCUGUGCUGGACCACAGACGUACAGGGAGCAUUUGGAGGGGCAGAAGCACAAGAAAAAAGAAGCCUCUCUGAAGGUGCCGCAGCAGCCACCUGCCCGGGGAGCUGGAAACUCUCUUCGAUGUGAACUAUGCGACGUCACAUGCACAGGGAACGACGCCUACGCAGCUCACAUCAGGGGAGCGAAGCAUCAAAAAGUUGUCAAACUUCACACCAAAUUGGGAAAGCCAAUUCCAAGCGCUGAUCCCACCGUUCUCAAUCCUAAACCAGCUGCUGUUGCCAAGGCAACUGUUACCAAAAAAGCAACGGUCACCGCAACACCUAAGAUUAAUUUUGUUGCGUCUGGGAAUCUUGGAACUGUGGCUCAACCUCCAGUAACUGGGGAAGUCAAAGUAGAAGAGCCAGUUGCAGAUGACACUAGUGAAGAUGCCACGAUUGACGAAAAAGACAUUCAACCAGUGGGUCAAGAGUAUAUAGAAGAAAACAAAUCUGAAGACGGAAAGAUCAUCAGUUUCAACUGUAAAUUAUGUGAAUGUAGAUUCAACGAUCCAAACGCAAAAGACAUGCACAUGAAAGGGAGACGGCACAGAUUUGCAUAUAAAAAGAAGGUGAACCCUGAUCUCGUUGUUGACAUGAAACCAAGUCUAAAGCAGCGGAAAAUGUUAGAAGAGAAACUCCGUCGACAGCAGAUGCGCGACGAGUACAUGCGCCGUAGAGAAGAGAUCAAUCAGUUGGGUCCUAUAGGACCAAUGGGACCGAUGAUGGAUGAGGAAAUGUUGUACUGGGAAGAAAGACGCCGGUACGAAGACGAGUGCGAAUACUAUGAAUGGUACCGCCGUUAUGGACGAGGACCUGGCGCUCCACCGCUUCCUCGGCCAUUCCCAGGACCUCCGCCAAUGAUGAUGUUCCCAGGUCCGCAAAGACGCCCAGAAUCUUCAGACGACAAACAUGUGCUGUCUCAUCAUUCUACGAUAUAUCCCAAAGAAGAAGAACUACAAGCUGUCCAAAAAAUCGUUUCUCACACAGAGAAGGCGCUCAAGUUCGUUUCCGACACACUCGCUGAAAGUGGCAAAAAACCAGCGCCAGCAGCUGCAGUUCCUGCGCCUGUUGCGACCACGCCUGUUACACCAACAACUCCAGUGACUAAGGAUGAUGCAGCUGUAAAGAAGGAUGGAGAAGCCGACAAAAAACAGCCACAAGCCCCACAGAAAGAAGAUGGCAGCGAUGGUAACCUUUUUUCUUUUCAAAAAGAGAAAGAAGAUUCCAGGAUUCUACGUGGAGUCAUGCGAGUUGGAAAUCUUGCCAAAGGUCUUCUGCUAUCCGGAGACAAUCACGUCUGCCUUGUGGUGUUAUGCGCUGAAAAACCUACUAAAACACUGUUGAAUAAGGUGGCGGAAAUUCUACCUACUCAGUUGAAAACUGUGGCUCCUGACGACACCUACAAUGUCGGAAAACACCCAGAAUCCGCAGCUCUGACAGUUUCUGGUGGAUCUGUGACGGUUAGUGUGACACUGACCAGCCCUCUGAUGCGAGAAACGCCAAAGGUUGUCGCACCGGCCGAGAAUGCUGGACAGCAGCAACAGGGAGCUGCACAACCGCAAGCAACGCCCGCGACGCCGGCCGCGACGAAACCAGACCCACCAGAUGUACUUCCCAAGGCUAAGUGUUUGGAGGCUUUAGCUGCACUCAGGCAUGCCAAGUGGUUUCAGGCUAGAGCAACUUCCCUUCAGAGCUGUGUCAUGGUUAUUCGCAUAAUGCGGGAUCUUUGCAACAGAGUACCCACCUGGGGACCUCUCAAUGCAUGGGCAUUGGAGUUGCUGGCUGAAAAAGUGAUCAGCACUGCUGGAGGACCUCUGAGCCCAGGAGAAGCACUGAGACGCCUUUUGGAAUGUGUAGCUGGUGGUAUACUACUUCCAGGAAGUCCAGUUAUUUCACCAGGUCUGCUUGAUCCAUGUGAAAAGGAGCCGGUCGACGCUAUAGGAAACAUGACAGCCCAACAAAGAGAGGACAUAACUUCAUCGGCGCAGCACGCACUACGAUUGGUCGCAUUUCGUCAAAUUCACAAAGUCCUUGGAAUUGAGCAGCUACCACCUCCAAAAUACAAGGGUCGUUUUGCGCGUAAGCGCAGACGUGACAAUAGCAAUUGUGAAGGAACCGACAGUGAAGCCUCGAAAAAGGACAAGAAAGCUGAAGAAAUUAAAAUGGAAACAGACGCAAAAUAAGUAACACCAAACAUUCAAUUCACUUUAUAAAUUACUAUAACUACAAAGUUGUAAUGAGAUGAAAAUUACGUCUUUUUUUCUUGUACUCGUUUUCUAGUAAUAUCAAUUGCUUGUUUAAGUAUAUGGUUUAGACAUAGAAGUGACUUUAAACAGUUUGAGAUCAUUGUGUACAGUUCGAUAGUUCUUGUAUGUCGUUAACUGAAACUCUAUAAUAAGCUAAUUUCAGUCAAUACUAAGGAAAAUGGAAAAUUAUAGAAUUUUGCUGCGAGAAAAAAUCUCAUGAUUCCAAGUCGCAUAACUAUAAUUUAAGUCACAACUGAAAGUAAAAUGUAUUCAUUGACUGAACGAUUUCAGCUGUUUUAUUUAUGACUUGGACUCUGAUUCGUCGCGACGGACUUUGUUACCGCACUUGGAGCGCGGUUUUGCGGUGACAGACGUUGUGUCGUGAAAAUUCUUGCAACAAGCAAUUGAUAUUUAGCUAGAUCUCAAGACUUUCGUAAUAAAUGAUGAAAUAAUGUAUUGGUCAGUUCUGAACACUUACUUACAAUUAGCUGUAUUCGAAGUCACAAUGUAAGAGCGUUUCGAUUUAAGUAUGAGUACGGUGGUCAUCGGUUGCCACGAACGUUGUUAUAACGAAGAUUUAUAGAUCCUCUAAAAUUAAGCUUAACUGUAGUUUGUAACCAGUCUCCUGUGAAUGUUGUGUGUAAUCGUAAAACAUGCAUAAAUUACUUGUAAUACUAACAUGCCGAUGGUUAUAUAUGAUUUGAUGGACACACGUAGUUCCUGGCAUAAAAAUGAACAACUUUGACGUACGUAAUGCGUUUUUAUUUAUGCAAGUUAGUUCCGCAAGUAAAAUUUGAUUAAGAUAAGUUUAACGUAGUGUUUGUGUCCACGAAGGCAGCUUGCGGUAUGCCGAAGAACUAUCACUUACGUCUAAGUUAUUAACUUGUAUCUGACACGUGUAAGACCCUGCCAUUGUAUUUUCAAUCACGAUUGAAUAAAAUGAAAAUGUAUGCGUAGGCUGCCAGUUAUAUUCACAGAAA